AUGGCGUCUUCCCUUUGCAUUUCCCGCCACCCAAUCUCACCGCGCCUCUCCAACAACACAACCCUCCUCCGCUCCACCAAUCUCAGAACCGCCGUUCGCUGCUCCCUCCCGCGCCCUGGCUACGUCCCUAAUCACAUCCCCGACCCUAGGUAUGUCCGCGUCUUCGACACCACCCUCCGCGACGGCGAGCAGUCCCCCGGCGCCACCAUGACCGCCGAUGAGAAGCUCCACAUCGCCCGCCAGCUGGCCCGCCAGCUCGCCCGUCUCGCCGUAGACGUAAUCGAGGCCGGAUUCCCUGCCUCCUCCGCCGCCGACUUCGACGCCGUCAGGAUGAUCGCCGCCGAGAUCGGGAGCGCCGGCGCCGAUCACGUCCCCGUCAUCUGCGCCCUCGCGAGGUGCAACCAGAGGGACAUCGAGAGGGCGUGGGAGGCCGUCAGGGUCGCGAUGAAGCCGCGGAUCCACACGUUCAUUGCCACGAGUGAAAUACACAUGAAGUACAAGCUGAAGAUGACGCCGCAGCAGGUCGUUGAUAAGGCUAGGUCUAUGGUGGCUUAUGCCCGGAGCUUGGGCUGUCACGACGUCGAAUUUAGUCCCGAGGACGCCGGAAGAUCAGACAGAGAGUUCCUUUACAUGAUUUUAGGAGAAGCUAUAAGAGCAGGAGCAACAACUAUUAAUAUUCCUGAUACAGUUGGCUAUACAUUGCCCACUGAAUUUGGUCAACUGAUUGCUGAUAUAAAAUCCAACACUCCUGGAGUUGAAAAUGUGAUAAUCUCAACACACUGUCAGAAUGAUCUUGGACUUUCUACUGCUAAUACCUUAGCGGGGGCACACGCUGGUGCAAGGCAAGUAGAGGUUACCGUUAACGGCAUUGGUGAAAGAGCUGGGAAUGCCUCGUUAGAGGAGGUUGUGAUGGCCUUGAAAUCACGCGGAGAGCAAUUAUUAGAUGGUCUUUAUACAGGGAUCAACACACAACACCUUACUAUGGCUAGUAAGAUGGUUGAGGAAUACAGUGGGCUGCGCAUCCAGCCACACAAAGCAAUUGUUGGAGCUAAUGCAUUUGCCCAUCAAAGUGGCAUCCAUCAGGAUGGAAUGCUUAAACAUAAAAAUACAUACGAAAUUAUAUCUCCAGAAGAAAUUGGACUUGUUCGCUCAAAUGAAUCUGGUAUAGUGCUUGGGAAACUCAGUGGGCGCCAUGCUCUGAAAGCAAAAAUGUUGGAGCUUGGAUAUGAUAUUGAUGGCAAGGAACUUGAUGGUCUUUUCACACGCUUCAAAACAGUAGCACGAAAUAAAAAGGGUAUCACAGAUAAUGACCUAAUUGCUUUAGUUUCAGAUGAAAUCUUCCAAUCACAGGUUGUUUGGAAACUCAUAGACAUACAGGUCACAUGUGGCACCCUUAGCCUUUCAACUGCAACCAUUAAACUCGCUAACGUGAAUGGUGAAGAGCACAUGGCUUGCUCAGUUGGGACCGGGCCAGUUGAUGCAGCAUAUAAGGCGGUUGAUCUCAUUGUUAAGGUUCCUGUAGUGUUGGUGGAGUACUCCAUGAAUGCAGUUGCGGAAGGUAUAGACGCUACAGCAACGACGAGGGUUUUAAUUCGCAGAGACGAUGCUGCUGCAUCUAACGGGGUUGCUGCCAGCCGAGCUUUCAGUGGAACGGGAGCAGCAAUGGAUAUUGUCGUCUCUAGUGCUCGUGCCUACAUCGGAGCACUCAACAAGAUGCUUGGCUUCCAGGCUCCUGCUAAGUCAGAGACUACCAACCAACUCUAAGGCAUUUCCUCUCCUGUGGCUGCUUUUAGUUUCUUCUAUCGCGUUUCAUCAGUCAAUGCCUGGAAGCUGCAGCUGGCCACCGGAGAUGAGCCGUGGCCUUGGAGUUGAGGGGAUGAUGUAUGUUUCUGGUGUGCUUCCAGAUACUGUAAAGUGUAAAGUGGAGUAAUAAACUCUCUACUAUAGUAAGUAAUGCUAUUAUACUACUACCUCGGUCCCAAUUAAGUUGGUAUAAAACUUUUGGGCACGAAGAUUAAGAAAUUGUGUUGAAAUAG